AUGAAGAUCAUCUCGAUUAUCUUAUCCCUGGUGCUUCUAUUCUUUAUCAACCUAUUCUUCGUCAAAUCGAUAUACAAAAAUGAGCAGAGCUACAACGUACCGCUGAAUGUCCUAUUCAGUCAGGGGAAGAACAUUCGGAAGAGAUUAUGCAAUGAAUGUUUUUUUAAAAAUGAAGUAGAUAUGAUAUAUAAUAGCUGCCGUGCUUUGGAGAGUGUAAAAUAUCAUAACAUAAAUCGCAGAAGAAUUUUUUAUUUCGUAAAAGAGUCUCCCAAAUUGUUGAAGAGAUAUGUUAGCUUAAGAUCGGUGUCUAAAAUUUCGGACAUUUUAUCGGUCCACUUUCUCACUACGUUUCUUUCCGACAGGGCGUCUCAGCUAACUAACUGGUUUUACCUCCUGGAGGGCACCUAUAUAAAGAAUAACAUCUUGCGCGGCUUGGUUGGCUUCUUCGGCACCCUCGUGUUGCGUUUCCUCGUUGUGUACCUCCUCCAGCUGGCCGCGUCCUUCUUCCUCUUCCACUACGUCAACAUCGUUUCGCAAAAGACACAGGCCUACAUUGUAGAAGUGAGUGGCUCCAACUACGUCUCCAGAGUGAUUGGCUUCUUCCAGCUUAACCUGGUGAAUUAUUAUUUAAAUGUUGCAAGCGAAUUUGUCCAAGCGAUCCUCAUACGAGCUCUCUUCAAUCAGUACGAGGGACACCUCGUGAAGACAAUCAUAUACAAUAGCUCCGACUACUAUAUAAACACAAAGCUAACGAAUAAAUAUGAAAUAAUGUACCAGUGUACGAAGAAGUUCGUUCUGACUCGCAUCAACAAGUUGAGUCUUUUUACCUUUAAUUAUCUGCGCUACUUUGUGCUGACAAAUCUGUUCUUUAAGAUUUCGGGCGGCACGUACAACAAAUUCUCGCCGAGCGACGUGAAGAUGCCGGGCGUGUACUCCAACCGAAAGAAGAGUCUAAACAAAGACAUGAAGUACGCCACCAAGAGGGAAAUAGAAGUUCUGAGACGCUUCUGCAAAGAGACGGGUUGUCACACAUGUGGAGUCAGUUGCCACGACAGGUUCAUAGGAGAUCAUCAGCCACCUGUACAAGUCAUUAAAGAUAUGAUUGCUUAUUACCAAAAAAGGAAAUUCCUCCGACGGAUACUCAAUUUUUUUAAACUAUACGACACGAAGCAGAGAUUAUAUCCCCAGUGCGUUCGCUGCUCCCAAUUACAGGCAGCUUCUGUGAGGUGCAAAAAAUUGAGGCUCAUUCCUCACUACGAUACGAUUAGGCUUUUCCAUGCCUCGUCUGUUUUUCAUUUGGCACUCAAGAUGCUUCUCCUCACCCAGUGGAAUAAGAUAGUCUUCUGGGAUGGCGACAAUGUGCGCUGA